ACAACAUUCUCCCUUGUAAAGUCUACAAAAUUACACCUUACAAAGCCAUUCUUGAUAAUGCCGUAAAACCCGUCUUUUGUGUAGUGAUGGUGUUAGACAUAGAAGAAGCAUAGCGUAAAAAAUGCAAAUAUAUGUUUGUGUGCAGUAUAUACGAGUAUAACAACAGACAAAAAAAACACAGCACACUAAGCCGAACUUAACGGAAGCGUAUCCGGAAAAAAGUCAUUUGCUUCUACGUAAAAGUUUCUCUCUCCCGCUCUUGCAAAUAGAGCGCGUGAACUAUACGUUUGUAUGUAAGUAAACAAGUAUGGUGAUGAGGGCUUAGUUAAAGUUUUCAAAGUGAUCUUGGCGUCAGUUGGUAGUGCAGAGGCAACGUGUGGCAUCGUUUGUUUGGAGCAGGCGCAUCUCGAGAUUUUUUAGAGAGAUUUUAUUUCUUUAAGUGUUACUUUGUGGCUGUUGUUCGUUUACGGCAGAAUGCAACACCAUCACCAAACAUCGUCAACGGCUAAUCUUAACUUCACCAACACAGCAAAAUUACCAAUUGAGACAGUGAAACGAUUAAUUGCCUCGGUGUCACGGAGACCUCAUCUGUGGAUACGAACAAAUAAUGGCCAAAAACGAUCUGAUAUACAUUUAUUGUGGCAACAAGUUAGUCAAGAGGUUCAUCUGCCAGCUGACAUUUGUCGAAUAAAAUGGGGGCAUCUUAGAGAUAAUUUUCGCAAAGUUUUCAUACGCAACACAUUAUCGGCUGAGCCUCCCACGACGUGGCGUUUUUAUAAUGACAUGCGGUUUAUGGAACCUGCUGUUGCGGAAAAUGUAAUGCGCCAUCAUCGCCUUAGAGAGCAAUCCUUUUACUGGCAGGAAUUACACAAUGCCGGGCAUCGAGAGCGGGAAAGCAACUCUUCGAACAACGUUCAAGAAGCACACUAUGACAAUAGAUUGCAAAACCAAUAUCAUUUUUCCGAAUUUGCCGCCAUGUUUCAAGAUAAUAGCACACCAAACAAGCGCAUUAAAUUGGAGGCUUCAGAACCAUCAGAGACGUCAGCGCAAUGUACAACUUCUUAUCUAAAAGAGGAUAAGGCGGAAAUGAAUUAUAAUCAUAUGAAUGGCCCACAAGGAGACUUUGAGGACGAUGACGAUGAUGAUGAUGAUGACGACCAAUUUGACGAAGAUGCUGUCUCAACAGAGGACAAUUUUCAAAGUGUCAAUGAAAAGGCAAAUACUGAUAAAUCUACACCACUAGAUGUAAACAGUGCCGAGAACAAUAGAUUUAACAAAAUUAAUGUUAUUAAUUUUAAAAUGCACCAGGAAAUGGCCACGAAUACCGAGCCAUGUUUGUUGGAUUCAACUGAAGAAGACUCCGACCGAAUGUUUUUACUGAGUUUAUUGCCGUACCUUAGAAAAGUUAAAGAGCAAAGAAAACUACAGGUUAGGCAAAAAUUGCAGGACGUUUUAAUAGAAGAAUUUGGCUAAUUUAAAAACUAGUUGUUUCUCUUUGCUUUAUUCGUAGUGCUGAAAGCAGUUAAGAAAACGCAAACUUUAUAUUUUAUAUUUAACAUGUAAUAGAAUGUGUUAAAAAAGCAUAUUGAUAUUUGUACGAGUAUGUGCUAUAGUUUCAUAACACACAUAUUAUUUUUUAUGUUUCAAAAGACAAAUAAAAAGCGAAUGCUUAUUAACUUAGUGAGCAAUAUCUAUUUUGAUAUAACAAAUGUCUUUGAAACAUUUUUUAAGAGUAAAUG